AGAGUGGAGAUUUAAAAAUGACAAAACAAUCUAGCAAACAGGAGCUGGAGUGCUCGAAAAGCUCUGUGUUCAGUCGACUGGGAGGGCAGGAGGAGCAGGAGGCUCAGCAGAGGGAGGAAGAGGAGGAGGAGGAGAAGGAAUUGAAGAGGGAGAAGAAGGAGAUCAUAAUAAAGAGAGCAAAGAUUGAAUCCGAUUUCAGUUAUAAAAAAGAAACCAAGAAUUAUCUAAUUAAAGCUGUUAAACUGGAAAAACAAGACAAACAUUCAGCUUUUGAUAGAUUGGAAAAAUCAGAUUCUACUCAGGAGUGUCGUGUGUCGAGUAGCGUAGAACAAGAACUGAAUCCAAGUAGAGGAAUUCUCAAACAACGUGGCGGGCAGAAGG